CGAACAUCCAUAGGCGCCUAUAAAAAGAAUGUAUUGUAAAUGAGAGAAGAGGAAACGAAACAGUAAUUUAUUGUAAAGAUAUGAAACAAAGAGACGUGUAAUGUAAUAUAUUGAAAAAACGUCGGUUAAUCAUUUAUAUUGAAUACUUGCCAAGAUGUAAGCGUCCCGACGUCCAAGUCAAGAUAUAGGCGUAUUACGUUUCGAUAUAUUUUCCUGAUCAUACUAUAACGGCUUUUGUAUAGUUUCCAAGUUACAAUCAGGUCCCUCGAAGUUUGAAUCAUUGGUUGGCUGACAACGCAUAGUAACUUAUUAUUAUGUGAACUUCCAAUAUUUUCGUACGCGUAACCGACGUUUUGAUACUUUUAAUAUAUUUUGAUACUUUUUAUUUCUUUAUUUCACUUGUUAUACAUAUACGACCAGAGAGGAGGUAUUUUCUUUUGUAUUCGCAAUUAGAGAUGUAAGCAUUUAGCGUGAACAAAAAUUCGUGUGUUUGAUCUGGCUUAUUUUUUGAUAAUUAUUAGUUUCGUUUGUAUCGUCGAACACGGUGUUAGCGCAGUGAACACAGAUUUAUAUUAGAAAGAGAAAAAUGCGAUAUUGUAAUGUGAGACUUUCCACGAGAAACAGUGUUCAUUUUACAACGACAGGAUGGCACACAUGUUGAUUCCACGCAGAAUUAUACGUGUACAUCAAAAGGAAGACGGUCGGUUAAACAUGUGCGCGCCUAUCGUGCUAACUUUUCAUUGUACAUUGUCUUACUACUAUUAAGAUACUAAUGCGUUUCCCGAUAAAAAGACGCAUAAAACGAUCUACACCCAAACAUAGGUAGGCUUUUUUAUGCGUUUUUUUAAUGGUCUCGUUUCAAUAUUUUUUCUACGGAAUAGAGCUCGCAGAGUUUAGCCACCUGGUUAAAGAUUUCUUUAUCCCCCUUUAGCGCGUAGACAGAUCGAUUAUUGCGUUUAACGAUGUUUUGUAAAAUUUGGAAAGAAGCGAAAGAGAGUUAGCCUUACGUGUUUGAUCGUUUAUCUGCGAUUACGAUAACGCGCAUUCCAAUGCCUGUAUUACAUCUCCCGUGUCAAUAAAGAGAAGAAAUACAAUAAUAUUACCAACAAUAAGCGCGAGCAGAUGAGCAUCUAUGUGUAUGAACGACCGAAAUUAAUCAUCGACCGUGGAGUUGUUCGUCGUUUUUCAGGAUUCGAAGGGACCAGCGGCUCUCGCUCAAUUGAAACGAAGAAUUUCUCGGAACAGAAGGAGCCUUACGACCACAGAAAAUGACGAUUUGUCAAAAGGUUUGAUGCUUCCUACCGAAGGUCGUAGAAAGAUCAGAUCGAGAAGCAACGACCGAGACCCCUGCGGUUUCCCUCGGGGUCCUUGUCACACCGUACUAGAAGCGAGACAGUACCUUCUCUACGUUAUACGCGUCGUGUACGGGAGCGCAUUCGUUCAACGAAGCAGGAGGCUGCGCGGACAGAAGUCGAACGAGAUAUGACCGAUAAUGUAAUUAUGCGGGACAAGUUUUUUGUGCCGGUGCUUCGACUUGAUCUCUCGUCAGUCAGUCUCUUCUUUUUCUUUCUCUACCCGCGUCUCCCGUUCUCCCCCGACCUUCCUCCCUGCGAACGUUUCCUUUUUCCGUCUCUUUCCCACGGGCACCGUCCUGUCUAGUGUCUCCUCGUCCACGCGAACCUUCCCGAGUUUUCCCACCUUUCCCACUUUCAUCGGUUCCUUCCUCUGCUCUCCCCGACGCGUUCCCGCAUUUCGGUACGUUCUCCCACCCGUUUUCUCCCACAGGCUGACGACGAGAAGGAGGCGAGUGAACGGCGAAAAGGGACGAACAAGAAUUGACGGGCGCAGAAAAUGUAGCAUGGAUGUUAGCGCCUGGCUGCCUGUCCAAGUUGGAAUAGCGUGUUCGUGUGUGGACACUGUAGACCCGAGGUCGUGGUGCACAGUACACGUCCGUGUCCUCUGCGAGAAGAAGAAGUAGAAGUAGGGCCGAUGCAUACGAUAGAGACGGAGGAACUCUUGUACGAGUUGCACGCGCUCGUCGGAUACGCGAAUAUGUUGCAAGAUCGAGAGGCACGACGGACAUAAAAUAUAGGCGAGGAUACUUGUCUUCGGUAAUCAAUGACACCGAUCGAUGACGAUCGGAAUGUGAUUAAACGCUCGUCGUAGAAUCGACCGUUUGCAAUUGCGAUUCGCAAACUUGUGGGAUCAGAGGAUCGAAAUCUCGCGUGGAGGACAAAACAGUCGAGAAGGAAACGUUGGUGACCCGCAAAUCGUUGUGCACGGACCCUUAUCCCCAAACGUAUCGGGACCCCUUGAACGAUAGAGAUCUUGCUCGCGGUCUCACGCGGGCAAGAAGACGAUGGGCUGCUGUGGGCCCUUUUCUCAUUGAGUCAGUCAGUCAGUCAGUCAGUCAGUUUGCCGCAGCAACGCGGUCUGUACGCACGUGUGUAUACGCCGCGUCGCAUCGCAUCGCGUCGUCGUCGUUGUCUCGUUAACUUUCAACGUCGAGCGAUCCGCACGGCUGCGUUAUCGACGGAGCCCCUGGACGAGCUCGGGCCCGGCGGCGGAGGGAGCAUCGGCGAAAUUGGUCGUCGGUCAACCGGUCGGUCGCUCGUUCUCUCGAUCACGAUCCCCGCUGACCGAGCACCGCGCGCACUCGCCGGUCCUCGGUCGUGUCAGGCUCGUUAGAUCGCGUGCGUGAGAACGUGCCCGUUCGUCUCGAGUCUCUUCCCGUGAAAUCCUGAAUUUCACGCGUCGAAUCGCGGCGUGUCCCGUCGGCCCGUACCCACGACAGAGGUACACGCGGAAACGACACACACGUACACGCUCCUUCUCUCUCUGUCAUCUUCUGUCCCUCGUGCGUACACCCCGACACGCGAUACGUACACGCGCGUGAGAAACCGAGUGAAACGGCAACCGCGGUGAGAGAGACGGACGGAUUUACGUGUAGCCAGAAAGAAGGGGGGCUGGUCAUAAACCGUGCAACACCUGGCGGCACGUCGUUAAUUAUGCAGUGGGCCGCAGCCGCCCUGGUCUCGGCGGCGAUCGCUCUGCUCCUGGACACGGCGGCCGCGAGGCAUCACCAUCGCUCCGGCAAUGGGCACAAACCGGACGGUGACAUUUCUCUUUGGAUCGACCAGCAACAGAUCAAAAUGUUCAGCGGGAUCGAGAUGGAGAUAUUCGCGAUUACCGAGGGUAGGGUCUUGCCUUAUCUAUUGGAUCCGGAAUUCGAGAGCAAACUUCCGAUUAUCCCGAACGAGGUAACGUACGUGAAUUUCACGUGGAAGUCCGGUGUUAAAAAGUACUACUAUGACUUCUACCGAUUAAAAUCGUUCAACGAAUCGAUCCUGAAAACCCCGUACAUCACGAUCAAAAGGAAGGGACGAGUACCUAAGAGACCUAAGGAAUUCAGCGUACUAUUGCCAUGUUCCGGUAAUAAUUCGGGGAUCGCGCAAUUGGGCAUCGGUCUAGUGAUCCAGACCCGUAAGGGAAAACCUCUGACCGGAACACCUCUCCGGCUCAAUCUGACAAAAGAAUGCACCGUGCGCGGACCUAACCCGGGGCCUUGUCCAGAUGGAUACAUGGGUCCGCCUCAUUGCAAAAAGGCGUUGUGUUACCCGAACUGCAUGAACGGUGGUAACUGUACAGCUCCUGGUAUUUGUUCAUGCCCCCCAGGAUUCCAAGGACCGUACUGCGAAGGAGGUAUAUGCGCAGAGAAAUGUUUGAACGGUGGGAAGUGUGUACAGAAAGAUACUUGUGAAUGCCCAAAAGGCUACUUCGGGUUACGUUGCGAGUUUUCGAAGUGUGUAAUACCCUGUUUGAACGGAGGAAAAUGCAAAGGGAACAACGUGUGCAGAUGUCCUGCCGGUUUUAAAGGUGAUCACUGCGAGAUCGGCAGAAGAUCUUCGCAACGUUCGCCAUGCACGAGGGCAUGUAGGAAUGGUACUUGUCAACCAGACAACACUUGCCUCUGCGAGCCUGGUUGGUUCGGAAAGUUAUGCAACAAGAACAAGCCGUGGGCUUGAAACUACAGGCAUACUUUUCUCCGGUGGUAUUAAGAUUACGACCGAUCGGAUUCGUCGAGAUCUUUUACACGCGUGUUCAUUUCUUAUCUCCACCAUUGCGUCUGAUUCGGUGGCUUCUCGCGUUUAAGGCGGCAAUUUUCUUAGAUAUUGAAAGGAAAUAGGUAUGAAUGAAAAGAGCAUUUAUUUCAAGAAUCCAAUCGGUCGAUACCAAUCGACUAACGUGUAUAGUUAGUAAUUUACCCCACCCCAGAUGUGAUAUGUAAAGCUGCUUUACAACAUUUUAUACUAUUAAAUAUUAUUUUUAAAUAAUA